AUGAUUAUCCCCGUUCGAUGCUUUACGUGCGGAAAGGUGAUUGGCAACAAGUGGGACAUGUACCUUGAUCUGCUCCAAGCAGACUACAGUGAAGGUGACGCUUUGGACGCUCUGGGACUUGUCCGUUACUGCUGCCGGCGCAUGCUCAUGACUCACGUAGACCUGAUCGAGAAGCUGCUUAACUACAACACACUGGAGCGCUUGGACGCAUAA